UCGCGGCUGUACUGACACGUAAGGAUCCUGCGUAAAUUGUACGGAAGAAGAUAUAUCUUUUCCCUGAAGUUGACUGUCGAUACAGCUGCUCCGGGUCAGACUUGAUGUGUAGUUGAGCUCUCCCCGGACCUGAGGGCCUAUUUUUUUUAUUUAUUUUUAAACUCAUUUUCUUGACGCUGAGGAGCUGAAGACGGACGAGCCGACGCAACAAGAUGAGAUUUUCAGCGUUUAUUUCUGUCCUGCGGUCCGUCGGCCCGGUGGUAAUCGGUAUUUCUUUAGGGUUCACGUUGAGUUUACUGAGUGUAAACUGGACGGAACAAGCGUGUUACCCAGACGGGAAGGAGGGUGAGGAGGUGACUCUGGGGCUGGAUGGGCAGCUCAAAGGAGCCCGAAAGCCCAACUCCAUUUCCACUAUCAACGAUGUGGAGUCCGAAGAGGAUUUUGAACCAAGAAUAGUCCCAUAUAAACAAGUCCAGCAGAGUGCCCCGAAGAAAGUUUUCAGGGCUAAAUACAUAAGCACAGAGUUGGGGAUGCGAGAGCGUCUGUUGGUCGGCGUCCUGACGUCCAAAAACACCAUAAACACCCUGGGUGUGGCCGUCAAUCGCACCAUUAGCCAUCACCUGGACACCGUGAUCUUCUUCACCGGCAUGCGCAACCGCAAAGUCCCGCACGGCAUGUUCGUCGUCUCUCACGGAGACGAGAGGCUGAUCUGGAACAUGUUCCAGAACAUCAAAUACAUUUUUGACCAUUACAUCAACGAGUACGACUGGUUUUACUUCGUCCAAGAUGACGCCUACACAGAAGCCGACAGGAUCAAAUCCCUGGUGGAUCACCUGAGUAUGGAUCGAGAGCUUUACAUGGGCAGCCCCGAGGAGUUCAUAGGCGGAGAGAUGGAGGGGAAGUACUGCUACGGAGGGUUCGGGUACCUCCUCUCGCGUACCUUGCUCCUCCGGCUCCAGCCCUUCCUGGAAAACUGCAGGAACGACAUCCUGAGCGCACGGCCUGACGAGUGGCUCGGAAGAUGCAUCAUCGAUUACACAAACACAAACUGUGUCAGUGAGUAUGAGGGCCUUCAGUACCACCAUUAUGAGCUGGGAAAAAACUCUGAUCCCAGUAAAGAGCAGAAUGAACAGUUCAAGAAAGCUCUUACUGUCCAUCCAGUGUCUGACCCCGAACAGAUGUACCGCCUGCACAGAUACUUCACUGAGAUUGAACUCCAGAAGACUUACGAUGAGAUUGCUAAGCUGCAGGCAGAAAUAAAGAAUGUGAGCGUGGUUGCUUUUGAGGGAAACCGAAGCGCCCAAUGGCCCGUGGGGAUCAAUCCACCUUUUGAGCCGAAAUCUCGGUUUGAAGUUCUGAAGUGGGAAUACUUUACAGAGGAGGAGAUAUAUUCAUGCAUCGAUGGCUCUCCGAAAUGUGAACUGAGCGGUAUUGAUCGCAUGGAUGUGGCUGAUGUAAUAGACGUAGCCAUGGGAGAGCUGAACAAGAAGUACAAGCCCGUCUUACACCUGAAGAAGCAGCAGCUGAUUAACGGCUACAGACGCUUUGACCCCAUAAGGGGCAUGGAGUACACCUUGGACCUUCAGUUGGAGGUUGUUAACCAGAAAGGUCAUAGCCGUUCCAUAACCAAGCGGGUUCAUCUGGUGCGACCUUUGAGUCGGAUUGAGAUAAUUCCCAUGCCCUAUGUCACUGAAGCUACGAGGGUGCACAUCAUUAUACCUCUUACUCUGCAGGACCGGAGCUACAUCGACCAUUUCCUGGAAGUCUUUGCCUCAAACGCUUUUGAGACCAGUGAAAACGCCAUCCUAACAUUCUUGUUCAUUUAUGACCCAGUGGAGGCACAGCAGGUUAAUCAGAACGAUAUAUUUGCCAGUGUGAAGACUCAGAUAAAUGCUUAUGAACGCAAAUACCCUACAGUAAAAAUCCCAUGGAUAAGUGUCAAGACAGAAACACCGUCCCAGAUCAAAUUUAUGGACAUCAUCUCGAAGAAGCACCCAGUCGACACCUUGUUCUUCUUGGCUAAAGCCAACACAGACAUUAAUUCAGAGUUUCUGAACCGCUGCCGCAUGAAUUCCAUAAACAACUGGCAGGUGUUCUUCCCCAUCCAUUUCCAGGACUACAAGCCCGAUGUGGCCUAUCACAACCAGCAGCAGCCGGUCACGGUUGAUCUCAUCAAGGACGCAGGCCAUUUUGACCGCCGGUCAUUCGAAGAAGCGUGUUUUUACAACUCCGACUACAUGGCAACGCGCACUCGAAUGGUGGCAGACGUCCAGGAGAAUGAGGAGAUUCUAGAGACCCUGGACAUCUUCGACAUGUUCGUGAAGUACUCGGGUCUGCACGUAUUCAGGGCCGUGGAGCCAGCCUUGCACCAGCAGUACAUCUACCAGGCCUGCAACCCGCGGCUUAGUGAAGACAUCUAUCACAGAUGUGUUCAGGGUAACUUGGAAGGUCUCGGUUCUCGCUCCCAGCUCGCCAUGCUGCUGUUUGAGCAAGAACAAGGAAACAGCACUUGAUAACACCAGUGAACAUCUGCUCCUGCGUGUGCUUACAUGGUUGUUAAAGCUGUUUGUUUGUUGUAAUAGCCUCUACAAUUUGGUGAACAGGAGCAACACACGUAGUACCACCCAUAAGUUAACCCUUACCUUUGCCCUGAACAUUCCCGGGGCUGUGGUUAGAUACGAGACCCUGUCGGACAUUCUCCAUCUUGUCCGUCAAGGGUUUUUGGUUGAGCUAGUUUGGAAAAACGAAUGCAGUACAUUCCUAAUGAAACCUUUUCUUAAAUGUUUACAAUACUUGUCCAUACAGAUGAGUUGCUAGAACCAAAUGUUUUUGCUACUCUAACAAUCAAAACUCACAAUAACAGAACCAUGAGACGUGGUGCUGCCUAGUUGUUGUGUUUAAGGUGUUUGCCACACAUCCAGUAGACACAGGGCUACAUACUGUAGGUAACCCAUUGGAGUUACUCUCCAGGUGGCCGGUGUGAUUCCAGUAUUCACCGGGAUUUUACCCUGUUUUGUUCAUUAACUCUUGGAAGAAAUAUUUUCCUUUAAACCAUUUUGUGUUGUUGAUGUAGCAUACGGUACACUAAUUUGAGACAAAGUGCUGGGUACGGCUGCUUUUUGUUUUGAGCUGAAAGAGGCAAAAAGCUGCUUUGUUGCCUCACGGUGAGAUCAGAAAUACGAGCAGCAAUGCUUUCACAUUGAUAGAAUGUCGUUUGAUGUUAUUAUCAAAGAUAUUGGUAAAUGGAACUUUAAUGUGUAGCUCUAAUUAAUAUAUUGCACCGCGGGUUGUGUGCCCCUUCAAACAAGGGCAUUGAGACAUUGAACUUUUGAUAUUUACUGAUUUGAGUAUUUACAAAAGCACAUCUUUGUAUAUGUGCCUUGACACUGACUUUACAUAAGACAACGGUUUUGAAAUGAUCUUUGUGUGUUGCAGUUCACCCCUUCGGGCGAUGCACAGCUGAUGUUUUUGUUGUUGUUACAACAUGAAUAACUUUUUUUUGAAUGAGUGGGAGAUAUCCUUCACUGUGGAUAAAGUCUGUUACAUGGCUGGGAGAGUUGAGUGGGUUUUUUAAAUUUUAUUUCAAAAGGUAACGUGGAAAUAAUGAUCCCAACCACCCACAGGUUGUAUAUGUGCCUCAAAGGAGGGAAGGAGUUUCUUCCAAUGGUCUUCAGAGGUCAUAGAUGAAGAGUAGUGUAUUACCGUGAAACUUUUCUCCAUGAAACCUUUUGAUGCUGCAAGAAAAGUAUGAGUAAUGGGGGAAAAAAUCACCUUGGUGAAUGUCUGAAGUGAUUGCACAUCGAAGUAAGUGGUACUUUAAAAACAGAAUUAAUUAGUUUAGAAAUGAUUGAAAUUAAGAAUGUAUGAAAUAGGUUUCCAGGACAGUUUUUAUACUAAAAGAAGAUGUUUAACUGUUCCAAAGUGGACUGUAUUGUUACAGAUUAUGUAAGUUAUUGAACGGUGUGUUUUUGUCCUCCAUUUCCUGAGCUCAGUCUUAGAAAUGAUUUGCUUUCUCCCAGUUGCAGUGCAGUCCAAUGGGAGGCCUUGGAGUGGUGGUGGAGGUAGCGGUACUGGACACCAGAAAAGUUAAUAGUGUAUUAUAAUGUGCAAUAUUACAGAUAACACAACUAUAUAGAUGUCCGAUGAAGGACAGGACUUUUAAUUUGUAAGACGUUUGCUGCAAGUACAGCAGUGUCUAUAUCACAAUACUGUUCAUGACAUUAUAAAGAGUAAGACUUGUCGUGCUUUCUGUUCAAUGUUAGGUAAAUACACUGUAAUCUGUUUUGAGAAGACCUUUAAUGUAUUUUGCUGACACUAGACACUUUUCAUCAUAACAAAAUUACUUUGAAAUACAUAAAAUUAAGGAAAGUCCUUUUUUUAUAACUUUAAUUGGAUUCAAAGUAUACGUUGGAAACACUACAUCCACGGUGGUGGUCCUCAACAGUGUUUGCUGUAUUUUCUGCCAUGUGAAUACAGACCCAUCGGGGCUCCAGUUCUUGAUGGAAUUUUUUUUUUUUUUUGCAUAAAUUUUUAUAACGCAUCUCUUUCUUUUGACGAGAGCAGUUUUUUCACGGUGACGGUGCUCCAGCUGACGUAAUAUGAAUGUUCUCCUCGAUUCUUUGAAGAGUAUGAUACUAAUAAUGUGCAGAAUUGGAAACUGAAUCUUCCAAAAAAAAACACUGUGAAAGACGGAGGGCUGAGAUUACAAGAUGAAGUUAUUGCGGUGAUCUGCGUCGUCUUUGCCUUCUGUAGACGUGAAAAGCUUAAAAUCAAGCGAGCGUGGCAGAUUAAUCACCCCGUGUUGUUAACACAGCCACCAUCGCUGAGCGAAGUCUCUAAGUAUUUUGUCCAUAACUUAUUUAUCUGUAAUUUCUCUAUGAAUUAUGCAGAUUCUGAAUACUUCCGCACUAACAGAGGCUUUCAUGACAUUCGUUGUACAUGUAUAAAUAUUUUAUAGACUCUAUUUUUAAGCCUUUUUUUUAGCUUUAUUUACACAGCAAUUGAUAUUUUAUUUUUUUUGGUGAUAAAAUGUAACAUAUAUUGUAUCUUUGUAUUAUGGUCUUGGAAAAUCAUGUCAUUUGACAAUUUAAAUGUGUAUUUCACUUUCAAUCAAGUAAUCCAUUUCAAAAAGCAGGCAAAUUACAUAGGCUCAUUUUACAAUUUCCAUUGAUAUUUGGACCUAUCGGUUUACAUUGUUUUCUGUAUAUGGGUACUAGUAUAACCAAAGCAAUAUAUUUUAAUAAAUGCUCAUCACAUUCAAAUGUGUGCUGUAAUUUCCAAUGAACUGUGAAUUAUUAUAAUUUUUAAAUAAAGAAUAUUUGAA